AUGUCUGAACCGGUAGUUGCGGAUCAGCCCGACCUGUCGAGCCUCACCGGUUCCCCGGGACAGAAGCGUAAGAGAGAGGAGGAGAGCCCUGACGCGCAGCGGGCGAAGCGAGCCGCGCCCCCAGCGUCCAUGUCAGCCGACACGGCCGCCUUCAUCGAGAAUGCCAUCGAGGCCACGCACGCGGCGAGCACGGGCGGCGUCAAUGUCGCCGACUUCAACGCCCUCCAGCAGGCCGCUGCGGCCGAUCACACGGAAACGUCGGAUCCCUCCAACGCGACGAGCACAGCUCAGGCCGCCCUGGGCAUGUAUCCCACAUUGCACGUGCCUCCGUCUACGGAAGAGCAGUUUGCCGCGCAGACGGGCGCCGAGGGGGACCACGGCCAUGAUGGCUCGUUCAACCCAGACGUGCCACCGGACGGCCUGCUCGACAGUUCCAACGUGGCGGCGAACCAGCAGCCGGGUCCCCCCUCGAAUGGUGUUCAGCCCCAAGGACACAGGUACUCGACGUCGUCAGCAUCGGGGAAUCCGAAACCGAGCGUCGGAUCGGAGGAGUGGCAUAAGAUGCGCAAGGACAACCACAAGGAAGUGGAACGUCGGCGCCGCGAAACGAUCAACGAAGGCAUUAACGAACUGGCUAAGAUCGUGCCGGGGUGCGAGAAGAACAAGGGAUCAAUCUUGCAGAGAGCCGUGAGCUUCAUCCAGCAACUUAAGGAGAACGAGCAACAGAACAUUGAGAAGUGGACCCUGGAGAAGCUCUUGACGGAGCAGGCCAUUACGGAGCUCAGCGCGUCCAACGACAAACUCAAGCAGGAGUGCGAGAGGCUGUACCGAGAGCUCGAGACGUGGAAGAGGGUCGCGCAGAAUGCGGGUCUCGAGCCGCCGCAACCAAAGGAGGAGCCGGCCGCGGGCGCAGCGUCAAGCUAG